AUGUCCUUAAUAUUUGCCGGCCUCAUCGUAACGGCUUCACGGUCUCCUGCACCUAGGCUUAAUAUUUCAAGACGUUACGUGAAGGACAAGCAUUGUCAUGAAAACGAAAGUGGCUCAGUCAAGCUUAGCGAGCGCUUCGAUCAAAUAGAGAGGAUGAGGUACCGUGUUUCAUCGCUUAACGCACGGCCCCUCCUUAUCUCCACCAAUAUGGACCCAAUUGAGGCCGCGCUGGCGUCAUUUGAAUUGCUGAAGCUUGGAGAAAAACCUAAUUAUAGUGCGACAGCGAAAAAAUUUGGUUGUUGGCACCUAUGCAGAGAAGCACGAAAAUCAACAACUCCUUAA